AUGUCUACCUCUGAGACUUUAACAGCUCUUCGUCGGGCUCUUACCCUCGCUGAGAGAGACACAGUCUUCAAGAAUAGCACAUCCAUGAAUAAGAGUUGGGAUGGUGCAGUGCUUUUCAGCUAUGAGAAAGAAGUUGGGGAUGAUAAUGCCAAUGCCAAAGCUUCUGUCAGCAUUACUUGCACAACAUGCUACAUCCAGGGUCUAGCCACUGCUCAACUCACCAUUGAUGGCGAUUUUGACGUUAGUGACGCAUUCGGCAACUUCACAGAUGACGUGGAACAAGGGAUUGAUAAUGUUACGACUACUGUUGUUGACUAUGUCGAGGACUAUAUUGGCAACGUUACCACUAACCUUGCCGAUGGAAUUGACGUCGACGACUUCGAUCUCCCGCCCAUCGACGUCGAGUUUAACAUUGACAUUCCUGAUAUCCCUGAGUGCCAGCUGCAGUUCCAGUUCGACGGGAUGGAGCUAUAUGUCCUCAUCGACACUGUAUUAUCCGCUGGAGCUACUUAUACUCUCAAUUUGUACACAUCAGAAUCUCCUAUCGGCUUCGCUAUUGGCGAGAAUCUGGAAAUUGGCGUGAUUUUUGACAUUGAUCUCAUCCUAUCAGUUGAUGGAGAGAUUGACAUAAGCACUGGCUUCCACAUCAAGCUCGAUGAUGGUCUAGCCAUUGAUAUCCCUAUGUUUGAUGACAACAUUUCCAGCAUCGACUUUAAUGGCGGAGACUUUGAGUUUCUUCCUGUCACAAUCGAAAGCGCCGGAGCAUCUCUGAAAGCUGUUCUUCGCGUUGGCCUUCAUGCCGGUUUUGCGAUGUCCACAGCUGGUGUGUUUAGUCUAAGCGCAAGCGGCGGUGUGGAAGUCGGUGUGUAUGCACACAUCGCCGAGUUUUCAACCAAUGUCACAGCGUCAUUCGCUGGUGAUGAUGACGAAUGCAAGCUUCGCGUUGUUGAGUCGUACCAGCUUGCUCUAGGUGCUAAAGCUGGAGCAUCCGUCGCCCUUGGUACACGCACUUGGGGCCCAACACCAGAAACCGAGAUUCCGAUUUUCUAUACUACUAUGGCUGAUGCGUGUGCUAUUAGUGGCAAGGCAUCGCCAACCACCACUGCAGCUGCUAUCUCUGCAAGAGAUGACGACAGUGAUGUGACGACUACAACCAUCAGCACGGAAAUUGUCUACAAGGGCGUCUCCUGUCUUUCUGAGGGUUUGAUCAACUGCCCUGCUUCUCUUCAGACCACCAACAAGGUGACCUCUACUAGAACUUUGGUUACUGCUGUUCCGUCAGGUGUAGAUGCGGUGUUCCCCUCAUCGAUCACAAACGCGGUUCUCAAGACGGUGCCGUUUGGUGCUGGCGUGAAGUCACUCAUCAAGAGCUCAGGCAGUCCGGUCUCAUAUGUUCCACCACCGCCAACAUCUACUGGGAAUGAUGGUGGUGACGGAGAUGGAGACGUUGACAGCAUUAUCAACGGUAAGACAGGUGGUGUCUCGAACAAGUUGAUUAUCGGCUUGAGUGUGGGAUUGGGCGUCCCAUUCCUGGCUGGACUCAUCGCCGGAAUCUUGUAUUUUAUGCUGCAAACGCAGACGCUACUCCCCGGUGCCAAGGGAGGCAACAGCCUAUGUCGCGCCAGGUCUUCAAGCUUCGGAACCAUAUACCCCUGGUUCUUAUAUGUCUGA